CCGCCGCCGCCGUUGCGGGCCUCCGGGCCGCAACCGCCGACCAGAUGGAUUACCUCAAGACGGUGGUGCCGUCGCAGCUAAUGGCCGAGCGCGGCGCCAACCUCGUCGUCAUCAACCCAGGAUCUACAAACGUGCGCAUGGGGUUUGCGAGUCAGGACGUGCCGUUCAAUGUGCCGCACUGCAUUGCCCGGCACAAGAGCGAUGCGGGAAAGCUGUCGGUGCGAGACCAGAGGCUCAACUGCCGUGCUGGGUCAACGCACAACGCAGAGCGGGAGAAGGCAUAUGAUAUUAUAGCUUCGCUACUGAAGAUCCCAUUUCUGACGGAAGUGUCGUCUUCAGAGAACCAACCCUUACCUCCUAAGAUGGGACGUGUUGAUGGUAUUUCUUCACAGCAGAACAAAGAUGAUAACAAACUUAAUUGGACAGAUGUGUUGGACAGAAGUAUCAAAUCAUCAACGUCGAUCGAAAGUUCAGAUGCUGAUGAAGAUCCUUUGCAAAGCACAUCUGAUGGUGGUAACAGGCCUAACUCUGAAGAAAUCAAGUACAAGGAAAUGAUAUUUGGAGAGGAUGCUUUGAAAAUCCCUCCUUCUGCGCCAUACUGUUUGAGUCGCCCGAUCAGGAGAGGCCAUUUUAAUAUUUCUCAGAAUUAUCAGUUACAUCAGGUUUUAGAAGAUUUACGCACUAUUUGGAACUGGAUGUUGAUAGAGAAGUUGCAUAUCAACCCAAAGGAUCGAAAUCUAUAUUCUGUAAUUCUUGUUCUCGCGGAGACAUUUGACAACCGAGAAAUAAAAGAGAUGCUGUCCAUUGUACUUGGCGAUUUGGGGUUUAGCUCAGCAGUUGUACACCAGGAAGCUCUAGCUGCAGCAUUUGGGAAUGGUUUGUCGACAACUUGUGUGGUCAACAUUGGUGCUCAAGUUACACAAGUAGUUUGUGUUGAGGAUGGAGUAGCUUUGCCCCAUACAGCUUUGGCACUUCCAUAUGGUGGAGAUGACAUAUCCAGAUGCCUACUUUGGGUUCAACAUCGUCAUCGCACAUGGCCAAGCUUUAAAACUGAACCCAUGAAGAGGCCCAUGGAUAUGUUAAUGCUCAACAAGAUAAAAGAGGCAUAUAGCCAAAUAAGGAGUGGGAGUUUCGAUGCUGUUGCUCAUGUUCAUUCAUAUGAGCAUGAAAAAUCUGUUGGGCAGCAGAAGACAAGGUUGUCAGCUCUCAGUGUUCCUCCUAUGGGUCUUCUUUAUCCUCGGCUUCUCAUUCCAGAAGAGUACCCUCCUCCUCCUCGGCCUUGGUUCCAAGAUUGUGAUGACAUGCUGGAAGAUACUUGGCAAACAAAUGACGGUGUUUCUGGGAAUGGUGGACUUGGUGCGUGGGACAAUUAUCAAAUGCUUCCCACUAGAUUAAAGAAAUUUGAUAAUAUUGGCCUCGUAGAAGCGAUUGUCAGCAGUAUUCUUUCAACAGGACGUGUUGACCUCCAACGGAAGCUAUUUUGUAGUAUUCAGCUGGUUGGUGGCGUAGCUUUAACAGCAGGCCUUGCACCAGUUCUUGAGCAAAGGGUUCUUAAUACUAUUCCAUCAAAUCAACCAGUGGAGAGAGUUGUGGUGUUACAGUCAGGGAGAAAUCCAUUAUUUAUUCCAUGGAAAGGUGGCGUGAUUUUGGGCGUGCUUGAUAUCAGUCGCGAUGCUUGGAUCCAUAGAGAAGAUUGGAUAAAAAAUGGUGUUCACGUUGGGAGUGGCAGAAAAUACAAGGAUUCCUAUUUUCUUCAAUCACAAAUCAUGUGUUACUACAACGCAUAACACGUGCUCUUUCUCAUUCUUGGUGGUCUGAAUAACAAUCUUGGAAUGUAGUUUGUGCGCUGCAAUUGUCGACGUAAACUUGAAUACUUCAUGAAUGGGAACUUCGUCGUCGGCGAGCAUAUGAAGGUGACGUGGAAAAGAUACCUGGAUGAUGAAGGCCAAUCUUUGGUGUCUUCCCUUUCAGCCAUGAGUUGUAAGAACGGAUUAGCAUCUUAGUAAUGCUUUGUAAACACAUUAGCAUCUUAGUAAUGCUCUGUAAACACAUGUUAAUCUGAAAAAUAAUCAUUAUCUAUGCUCCGUAAGCACGCCCACGAGAUGACAAAAGCUUAUCCUUUUAUCAAGUUAGACAGAAA